AUGGUUGCCCAGGCAGACGGCAAGACAUCGCCGUUACUCUCUCUAGGUGCAGGAGGUAUUGCCGGUGGUGUGGAAGCCGCGUGCACAUACCCCUUCGAAUUCGCCAAGACGCGAGUGCAACUCUAUGGACAUCAGAAGGGGACGCGAAAUCCGUUUGCCAUCGUCCUCCGCGUUGCGCGCGAUGAGGGAUUACCAGCCCUGUACAAGGGAUGCAGCACUCUGAUCGUGGGUUCCAUCGGCAAAGACGCCGUCCGGUUCGUCGCGUUCGACAGCAUCCGCUCAAUGUUCGAAGACAAGAAAACACAUACACUCGGUCCUUUGCAAAGCAUAGCAUCAGGAAUGGUAGCUGGCAUCGUGAGCAGUACGGUCAUCGUAACGCCAAGCGAGCGCAUCAAAACAGCGCUUAUCGACGACGCCAAGACCACAAGGAGGUUCAAGGGUGCGAUAGACUGUAUCACAACACUCACACGUGAACAAGGAGUAUUGAAGGCUUUAUGGCGUGGGUAUAUCACCACGACUUUGAAACAAAUUGGCACUACGGGAUUCCGACUCGGUAGCUACAGCAUCAUCAAAGACUUUGAGCGGACACAAGGUAUCAGCCCCGAGGGGCCCGUGAUGAGCUUCGCCAACGGUGCCCUUGCAGGAACUGUGACUACGGUAGCGACGCAGCCAUUUGAUACCAUCAAGACGAAAGCACAACAGGCAAAGGCGGUUGGGACGAUGGAGUCUUUCCGAGCUAUCAUGGCUGAGGAUGGAGUCAAGGGUCUCUGGAGAGGCACGGUCAUGCGGUUAGGCAGAACGGUACUGGCAGGCGGCAUUUUGUUUACGGCCAAUGAACAAGCAAUGAAGGGUUUGAAGCUUCUUACAGGUAAAUAA